AGAUAAAGUAGGUAACAUUAAUCCAGACCUGAGCUGAAGUUAACAUGCAUAAAAUACAGUUACGGCAUAUUCAACAGGCCAAAUGCCUUGUUCAACUGUUACACAAAGCAACAAUGAGUUCCCUUCCAAGUGUUUUUGUAACUCGUCCAGAUGUCGACAAUAGUGGACUGGAAUUGCUACGUAAGAGUUGCAAUGUAACUAGCUGGUCGCAGACUAUACCAGUGCCAAGAGACGAAUUACUCCGCCAAGUUAAAGGCAAGGAUGCUCUUUAUUGCGCUCUCACAGAUAAAAUAGAUGCCGAUGUUCUGGAUGCUGCUGGGGCGCAACUUAAAUGUGUGGCCACCAUUUCAGUGGGCUUCGAACACAUUGAUGUGCAGGAGUGCAAAAAACGUGGCAUUCGCGUUGGGUACACACCCGAUGUGCUGACCGAUGCCACAGCCGAAUUAACACUUGCUCUGUUGUUAGCCACCAAUAGGCGUUUGUUCGAGGCCAACAAACAGGUUUACAAUGGGGGUUGGAAAUCAUGGGCGCCAAUGUGGAUGUGCGGACAAGGAUUAAAGAACUCGCGUGUUGGUUUAUAUGGAUUUGGACGCAUUGGUCAGGAGAUUGCAGCGCGCAUUCUUCCCUUUAAGCCAUCUCAGAUAACCUAUACGACCCGCACGGCGAGGCCUGCAGAGGCUGCUAAGGUUAACGCUCAGCUUGUUGAUUUUGACGAGAUGCUUUGCUUAUCGGAUUUUAUUGUGGUUUGUUGUUCUCUAACUCCUGAUACUAAGGAAAUAUUUAAUGCGUCGGCGUUUAAGAAAAUGAAACCGAAUUGCAUUUUUAUCAAUACGGCGCGCGGUGGAGUUGUGGAUCAAAAUGCGCUUUAUGACGCUCUCCUUUCCAAGCGUAUACUUGCUGCAGGCUUGGAUGUCACCACACCUGAGCCAUUGCCACUAGACGACCCAUUACUGAAACUAGAAAAUAUUGUUAUAUUGCCCCAUAUAGGCAGCGCAGACAUUGAAACUCGAAAGGAGAUGUCCCGCAUAACAGCCAGAAAUAUUUUGGCUGCUUUGAAUGGUUGCCAAAUGGAGGCCGAGGUGAUAUAAAUCAAUGUUAAAUGACUUAAUGUCUAUAAAUAAAAAGCCCAAUAAAAAUUCACUAAUAAAAUAUUAU